AAACAUUCAGAUGAAUAAGACGAAAGGGGUUACUCGGUUUGGCCGACCAUUUGCUGACCAUAUAUGGUACUCCCAAGUUAUAUUUGGAUAAAAACGAUACCGAUAAGAGUUUAAAAUCUAGGACAGUCCCACGCUCCGGAUACAAAUACAUCGAGCUGUUCAGCUCUUUGAUUCACUCGUCAUCAAACUUGUGUCCACUCUCAGAUCCUUACGAUGAACGGAUUCCUUGCUGUGCUGGCCUGUAUGGUCGCUAUUACAUGUGCCAUGACCACCACAAAGGCACCUCAUCAGCAUCAAAAUCACAACACAACACAUCACCAUGGUCACCACGGGACUCAUCCGCCACCUAUCGGAGAGGGAUUCGUCUUCAAGUACGACCAUACCUCGCACCGUAUGGUAGUAGUCAGCCACCAUCAAUGCUGGAUUUAUAACCCGAGCGACGACGAAAAGAACAACAUUGCAGAUAUUCACGUUCUUAGGAAUCUUGAGGCAAAACUUAUCCAGUUGAUUGACAGUAAUCCCACGGGCACACCCUUGUCUCAUGACGACCUUGCCGCCAUGAGCCCAUCUCUCGCGCACACGUGCAAAGUAAACUAUCCAAUCGCGACUCUCAAUUAAAUGUAGGCACAUGAAAAUAAAACAUUUCCUUAUAAUUGA